AAAUAAAGCAUGCUCCUCGUGAUCAUCACUUUUGUCUCAUCACCACCGUCAAAUCAAAGAGAAGCCAUUGACGACGAGAGGCGGAGCUCGAGAGGAGAGAAUCGAAGAUGAUGAUGACGAUGAGCUCCAUGGGGGCGAUCGAGGCCUCCGUGCUAGACGACAUCAUACGGCGGCUACUGGCCGGUGGCGCGGCUGGGAAGCAGGUCCAGCUCUCCGAGGCUGAGAUCCGCCAGCUCUGCGUCGAGAGCCGCAGGAUUUUCUUAUCCCAGCCAAACCUCCUUCGUCUUUCCGCGCCUAUCAAGAUCUGCGGUGAUAUACAUGGACAAUUUAUUGACCUCUUAAGGCUGUUUGAAUGCGGUGGCUUCCCUCCUUCGGCAUCUUACUUAUUUCUUGGGGACUAUGUCGAUCGUGGUAAACAUAGCUUAGAGACGAUAUGUUUGCUUCUUGCAUAUAAGAUCAAGUACCCUGACAAGCUCUUUCUUCUGAGAGGAAACCAUGAGGACCCAAAAGUUAAUCGGGUUUAUGGAUUUUACGAUGAAUGUAAAAGGAGAUUUAAUGUCAGACUCUGGAAGAUAUUUACCGAUUGUUUUAAUUGUCUUCCCGUUGCUGCACUCAUAGACGAAAAGAUAUUGUGCAUGCAUGGAGGCCUGUCACCGGAGUUGAAUACUUUGGAUCAAAUAAAGGAUAUUGAGAGGCCAACUGAAAUUCCAGACAGUGGUCUUCUCUGUGAUUUGCUAUGGUCUGAUCCUGAUCCUGAUCCUAGUACUGAAGGAUGGGGAGAAAGUGACAGAGGGGUAUCAUGUACUUUUGGUGCCAAUAAGCUUGUUGAAUUUUUGGAGAAGAAUGAACUCGACCUCCUUGUACGAGGCCAUCAGGUUGUUGAGGAUGGAUAUGAGUUUUUUGCGCAACGGAGACUAGUAACAAUAUUUUCGGCGCCUAACUACUGUGGGGAAUUUGAUAAUGCCGGUGCUCUAUUGAGCAUAGAUGACUCCCUACUUUGUUCAUUUGAGAUCUUGAAACCUCUAGAAAGCAAAGCUAAAGCUGGUAGCUCAAACACAUUGAAACCGCUACCAAAGAAGUCCUCCAAAGGUGGGAAAGUAUGAGGCUCCUUUCAUCACUUAAAUUACAGAAUAGAUCCAAAGGGAUCUACUACAGGAUGUAGUAUUCUUUUGUUAUUUCAUCGGCCUUUUACAAUCUGGAAGCUCUUGUAUGUGCUGUAGUAUUGCACAUGGUAUUUAUUCUCUGUAAAUUGACAACCAAAAUUUCUUUAGCUGUACAUUUGUUAAGGUCUUAGUGCUGAUUUUUUCAUACAUUUCACCAGUCAAUUGUGCUGUUUGUUAGACGCUUCUGAAUUGUAUACAAGCAAAAGAAGUUAUGAAUUAA